AACAGAACAAAGAGAACUGCCGUAUCACAAAUACCCCGCGAUAUUAACGGUCCGUGCAUCCCGGUGGCUCCAUCCAUGCUUCCCUGCCUGCUGAGCAUUUCCGCCCUCGUCCUUCCCUCCAUACCGACCCCCACAACUGUCCAUAUCCAUCUCACCCGUUUCGCUGAUUCCAAAUCAGCCUCCGUGCCGUCUCCAAGCCUCUCAAAAAAUGCCUUGGAGUUCAGAAUCAAGGGGGGAAAAGAGCACAGCAAUAUUUAUCCCAGAGAAAAACAAAAGGGUUCACAGUGAGUGUGGGCAGCGAGAGUUAUCAAACAGAAAAAUCAAAAAGAUACCACCAAAUGUUAUGAUUCUAAUACUCUCAAGACUUCCUACAAAGUCUGUUGCGAGAUUCAGGUCUGUUUCCAAGCUUUGGAAUUCUUUAACCUGUGAACCCAGUUUUGCUCUCCAGCAGUUUAGAAAUGGACCAAACAAGAAUAGGCCGAGUGCCCUUAUUCUGAGCUGGCGAUGCAACAUCGAGUUCUCAUUAAAACAGUUCGAGGAAGGUAGGCCUCUUUCUGAAAAGUUGUAUUUUAUAGGUCCAAAACGGCUUCCAUGUUAUGUCAUGACAAAUUCCUGCAAUGGCUUGAUCUGUGUUCUGGGGCUCAGGAGUGCUAUUAUGGUAAACCCUGGCACCGGGAAAGUUAUAAUGCUUCCUGAAGGCACCAUAGCCUGCAACAAUUCCAAAUUACCCAUAAGUGGUGGGUUAGGUUUUGAUGUCUCCACAGGUGAAUAUAAAGUGGUUCGGUUUGUACAUUGUCUGGAUCUUACUGUAGCAUGUGAGGUCCUUACUCUAGGCUCACAGUCAUGGAGAAGAAUCAGCAAUGCCCCUUUGCCAGACACUGUUAGGCCACCUGUAGUUGUAAAUGAAGCCAUACAUUGGACAGCAAAGUCUGACAGGCAUGAUGGUCCAGAAGUUGCUGUUUCAUUUGAUAUAAGACGUGAAACAUUUGGUGUAAUAAUGCAUCCAGAGUGCAGCCGCUCAUCAAAGGUUGGGAAUAUGGUAUCAGUUGUUGGGGAGUUGGCAGGAUAUUUAUGUGUCUCCGAUAAAAACACUUUGAGCUCCCAAAUGGACAUAUGGAUUCUAAUGGACUACAGUCAGCGGCGAUGGAUAAAGCAAUACAGCAUCAAUUUGCUGGCCAUGGAAAACUGUUCAUGGGAUUAUGUUCGUGUGGUGAAACCCCUGACCAUCCGAGAUGGGAACAUUUUAUUGACUGAUGGACGUGGCAGGUUCGAUUAUUAUGACCCCGAGAGUGGAAGAUUUCGCAUGGUGAUGCAUGAUUCUGCAGCGUGUGGACAUACUGCUCUUCAUGUGGAAAGCCUUAUUUCACCUGCAGCGGUUCAACGAGGCAUUGGCUUAGUUUAUGGGCGUGGUAAUCUUAAUGCAGAAAAUUAAAUCUCGCUUGGAGCUCCUCGGCGGUGCAUGGGCAGGGGAAUGCUAUGGAAGAUCACUGUUGAGUAGUCCUGAUCAGACUGCGCCCUGCAGGCCUGGACAAACCUAUGAACCAUCCCAGGUGGAGUGACUUGCAUUCAUGAUGCUCUCGUGGCACAGAGAGAGGACAACAUGCGAGAAGCUACAGCCUACAAGUUGGCUGCCUAUUUACUGGGACUGCCUGAAAUUAGUCAAUAUGUUUCUUUUACUUCCAUGUUAUACUUGAUGAUGAUGUUUAUCUUUUGUCUC